AUGUCUGAAACAGAGCCAGUGAAGCGUGGCACACCCCAGGAUUCGAUCCUCUCGCCGUUACUAUUCUCUAUCAUUAUUAACGGCCUAUCAGAAUCUCUCUCUGAUUCUGGUAUGGUUAUUAGCCUGAGUUUGCUGAUGACUCCAGCACCUGGAAAUCAGGGUCCAAUUUGGUAUUGUUGGAACAACAUUACAUAUGGUGCAUUGAGACACAAUAUACUUGAAAGGUCAGAAAAUGAAGAGGCUACAACUUCAACUAGAUUGAACAGCAAACUGGUUACAUUGGUAAAAAAGAGUGAUUGGCAUGCUCAUUCCAGAGAUCUUAGGGGUCCAUCAAGCACGGCCAUGGGAUUCGAACAACGUAGCACCAUAGUAGUCUAUUGGUCACAUGGACCACAACACAUUAUAGGCGCUGACAAUUUAGCAAAGGAUAUAUGCAAAGCAAACCCUUCAAUAUUAGCCAAGCCACAAGGUGACAUGGUGAUAAUGCGCCACAGUUUGGCGCAUUUCGUAGCUACAAGUAGAAAAGGCGAUAACGCUGCUACAGCAGUUGAAUUAGGGCAAGUGGAAACUGUAGGUUCGCAGAAGCUACUUAGUGAGAGAGCAAACUCAUUGAGGUCAAUAGAAAAAUUGAUAGUGUAUAUAAAACUUGGGAAUGAUGAGGUUUGUGCUGGUGUACAAAUGUCUGACGCUUGGAUACUCACUCUUGCUGACUGUGUCGAUAAAAACAUCAAGCUCGGAAAGUACAGAAUCAUAUACCAGGAUGGUUCAAAACAGGUCAUUGCUGAAGACAGGGACUCAGUUGGCGAAGAAUUCGUUCUUCUUCAGAUGGAGACAACUAAAGAAACAAAAACUAAAUUUGCAAAACUUUCUGACUCAAUGUCACCCUCACCCGACUACGAUUAUCAGCUCUACAGUAAGGACGAGUCCGAUGAAGUAACAGCAAAUGAUGUUGUUUUUGUGAGCGCCAAGAAAUGUGUGAAGAAAGGCAUUGAAGGCAAUUUUGGAGUGACGCACAAAUGUUUUCAAGUCAACAUGGGCAAAACUACUAAAUGUUUGCCAGGAAACCCAAUAUUUGGAUCGAAGGAAAAUAAAAUCAUGUUGCAAGGACUAACAGUUGCAUCGUCAGAUUCUUGCUCAUCAUCGCUUUAUUCAUAUGCGUCGAUAAAACCGCAAGUGAGCUGGAUAAACACUGUCAUUUUGGAUUGUGGCUCAGUCGAAAACAUUCAAAAUGGAAAGAUUUCUCUUGACAAAAAAUCCAAAACGUCCGUUGGAGCCACGGCGACAAUAAAAUGCGAUGAUGGUUAUCUGGCAAGUCAGCAGAAAAUUACCUGCCUGAAUACCGGUAAAUGGCAAAAAUCCAUUUGCACAAUAAAAGAGUGCAAACAAUGCCAAUUAGAUCACAAUCGUACGACAAUCAAAUCUGGUGUGUAA